GGCGUUUCUCGGCGAUGGAAUGUUUUCCAGCACACAGAGCGAAUGUGGAGCCCCCGGGAAAAGUGGAUGAUCCUGCCAGACUCUGCGCGCGUGCGAGCAAGCUCUGUUUGAACACGCGGUUCCUGGCUGCUGCCACGUGCUGCCAGGACUUCCCUGUGCAGCACUCGGUUGCUGCUGCUAAGGAAAGCUGUAUCUGUCUUGCACGGGUAAACUGGGCGCCGUUCGUUUGAGAAGAAUCUUUUUCCUACAUCGUGACUCGCUCUCUUCGUCAUCGGAUCACGAGUUUCUGAAUCGCACGAGCGCCAGAACGCGGUCAGCCCAGUCACAGCUGUGCUGCACAGCGAAUCGCCGCACCCGUCGCUUCUUGCGAAACCCGUCCCACGAAAAGCUCUCCCGCCACGAUUUCGGAAACGUUUCGGGUUUCGCAGCGCGCCUGUGCCUGCCAAAACGACAAUUCUUUGCGUGUCUUGUGGAAACGGUCCUCUUUUCUGCGGCAGCCUGGUGCGGACGGGUCUUGCAGCGGCCGCGUGGCCCCAUAUCAUCUCGGCGUGUCGCGAGCUGGCCGUCCCAUGCCAAGGAACAAGCAGAACAUAUGAGAGUCUUUUGGCGCGGCACACGCAGUGACAAAACCCCUGUUUCGUCAGCCAUGCGAGUCACUGCAACCAGUCGAGUGUCGCCUUUCUUUCCAGGAAAAAACGCGAGCUCUGGUGCUGCAUAUAGACAGGACCUCGCGUAUGCCAGACUAGGCAGAAUCAUGAGAAUGGUUUUUAGGUGUGUCUUUGUGUAGUGCUUGCCGCGCGCACAGCCUGAAAUUUUUUAGUGUCAUGUAAAGUAUGCCGAUUCCUACCCGUUUCACUUUUCAGGGAACUCGCAGACGUCCAUUUUCGCUGCUGCGUCAUAGGUCUCUCUUGCAGCCGUUAGCGCCAGGCGUACCCGUCACCCGGUGCGCAGCGGGCUCGAAAGCAGUCUCGUGGCUUUUCCUGCCCUGGAAGAAAAUCCUUUUUUUUCAGAGGAGACAUAACGCCUAAAGACAGAGCAGCCAGCCGUCCGCCGCAACAAAGAACCACGGCGCUAGCCAGGGCCUGUCAAUGUGACGGAGCUUUCACAUCGUGGUUUUCGCUUCCGGAUCAUCUUGGGAGGCGGCCUCUGUUGCGAAGGCAGGUUUCUUCAGAAGACUUGGCGUGGUAUUUCAUCUGUUUGGCGUUAUGUGAGUACCGCUGACAGCAAGCCAGAAAAAAAAUCCCGACCCCGCUUUGCAUCGACUGCCCUGUAGGCGUGUCACAGGUGACAACCUUGAUGAGGCGAGUCCUUGCGGUUUCUAAAUCCACUUCGUCUUCUGGAUCCGUUGCGUAACCUCUAGGGAGGCGCUCGGAACUUGGGAGUCGUUUGUCUAUGGAGGAGAUGCAGGACGCGUACGCUGGCAAGAUGAAGAGUGGGCUUGGGAACUCUUGAAUUUUCGUGAGGGAAUGAAGAUGUAUGGGAGUUUUCGGACUGCACAUUCGGGUCCAAGAGGGAUAGACACUUUCCAGUCUGUGAGGGUCUGCGUGCUUUGAUUUUUGACUUUCCAAACCCAAAGAGGUUAACUUCACAACCACGUACCCACCGCGCUUUCCCCAAAUGAGUUUUUCGGAACGUGGCGAGGGACCCGCGUUUGGAUCUUCGUCUCGCUCUUUAUCCGCUGCUGUUGCAUAGUCAAUCAGCUCCUGAUCCAGAGACUGUUUUUCGACACGCACCUCACUUGCCCCCCACCGGAUCCGCGGGUUCGCAAGUCUUUCAAUCAAAGAUUCAGGUGUACGUACACCCAGGGAAUUCCAGCUUUCAACAUGUUCAAGCAGCAUCAAAUUCGCUUUGCAGGUGAAAAGACUCGGUGGAGAAUUCAGCGUGUUUCUUUUAUUUGGGCCCCGAGAAGGUUCAUGUGAAGAAGGCCGUUGGUUAAAGGGCCAAUCUGUCCCAGGUCUGUCCAAAGGUUGGAGAGAUUGCCGGAGUCUCAUUUUCUGUGCUGUGCCGCAACGCCAAGCAGACCGUUUUCCAUCCUGCCGGUCUCCCGGUGGCUCUGGACUAGUGCAGGCAUCAGUGUCGAGCGCGAAAAGGUUUUUUUAGUGAUAUCACCGUUGCCACCCCAUAUUGAUUUGUGUGUCUGCAAGUAUUUCUCGUUUUGUGGUUGGGGACCACUGAUUCUCCGGAAGCGUGCCAACUUAGUAACAUGAGGCGUGCGUAACGACGGCCCGCGGAGACUCGGUUUUGUUUCAUGCCCUCCAGUCGGCUUUUCCUUUCCCAAGGGAUACUUCCUGGUCAAAGCAGCUUUUUGCCGCAUCGUAUGCUUGGUCCCAUUUGUUUUCUGUGACUGUCUUUGGACCCGCAUUCUGGGCACCUCGUUUUUUCGGAUCGAGGCUAGCUUUCCGGUGUCCGCCUCUGAAAACUACCACGAAUUGUUUUCUUACGCUUCCCGUCUGGACUUUGUGGAAGCAUUAUUCCUGCUUCGGCUUCGCAUGCGGCGCUCCCGUUUCGAAGGAACUCGUCCCCUUCACUCCAAACACUCCCCUCAAAAAUCUCUGCCUCGCCACAAUGAUGGAGAACUCUUCAAGCUCGUCGCAGCCACCCUGCAAAGUGAGUCAGGCGGUGUCUCUCUUGAGUUUUCCGCAGCUCUCUUUGUCCACGAAACCGAAGCCGUCUCUUUUGACCUCUGACGCCGGCGCGUCGACUCUCGCUGACACCGGUCUUUUGCCGAAUCGAGGAGACAAGCCAACGAAGCCUUCGCCCUCGACUUCCACCGGUGGGGCUUUGAGCUACAGAGCUGUGGCUGCUCGCGCAGUGUCUCAGCGACCGGCCGGACACCCAAGCAGCGACACGGAGACGGAUUGCCGCCGAGACAGCGAGCGAGCCUGUGAAGACGACAGAGUAUGGUCAGCUUCCCCAGGAGACGCUGAGGUGAAGCCACAGAAGAAGCUUGCAAAGAGAGGCUUGCAUCGAGGGACAAGCCCCCGCGACGAGGCGUUGUGUGCAUCCGGCAGCGGCACUCCUAAGAACGAGGAAGGCUCUCGAGUUGCCCGUUCAGCUUCGCCGCUGCACGCAAGGAACAGCAAGGGCGAGGGCGGGAAAGCGGUUCUCUCGGCCGAGACUCAAACUGAGAAAGCGGCGGGCGGAAAGGGAGAAAAGAAGCCGAGUGUGAGGGGAGAGGGCGGCAGCCACGGGAAGCGGAAGCAAAGGAAGCCACUGGACUUGCGACUGGCGGCACCAGGUGCGUCUGACCUGCCGGUCUUCGACAAGGAAGGCGAGAAGGAGGCCCAUCUCACGGUCAUGCUCAGACCUGGGAACAGGAAGCGAAGGAGCUGCGUCGAUGCUGUCUCCGGGUGUCUCCUGUUUUGGGGCGUGAGGUGUCCCUCCAAGUUCGCCGGUGCGAGCAACACGUGGUGCGCCGAGGGCGACAAAUGUCUGGCCUGUCACACAGACGCCGAGUACUUUGGCCACCCUGCGGUCUACAAAACAGUUCUUUGUUCGAACUUGAAAAACAACUCAAGCAGGUCUUGCUGCUUCUCUGCAAACGCGGGUGGGAACUCUGCGACGGGUGCGAGUCCACGGAAGCGCGGCAGCGAAGCCCUCCUCUCCUGCGGGCGGGUGCGGUGCUGUUGCUGGAAAGCGCACACGAAGGCCGAGUUGCGGACGGAACUCGCGAAGAAGUACACUCUUACGGGUCUUGGAAAGCUACCGUCUCCCCUAGCCCAACACCCUGGUCUCUCGGGGCUUGAACCAAACGGCGCCGAGUGCUGUCGCGCACCAGGUGCGACUUCUGCGAAAGACUCGACUCGCGCAGACGCCUCCAGUUCUGUGUCUGGAGGAGGCCUCAGUCGACAGACCCGCCGUGCCUCUCUGAGUUUCGCGGGCGGUGCGCUGCCCCGAGAAACUGGCGGUUGCUGUCUCUCGCAAGACCCGCGGGAGGGCUCGCGGAGUCUCUGCGGGUUCUCCGGAGCGAGCGAGAAGCCCCCGAAGAAGACCGAAGACAAACGCUCAGAGGAGUUCGCAGGUGCGGGGCUUAAAUCGGUGGGAAACUCUGAAAAGACGAAAGAUUCUGCAAAGGACUCUGGCUCCGGCGACGGGGCCUCGCGCUUUCACGCGCCCCCGGCUCUCUGGGCGUCGCCGAAGGGGCCCAAGGGCACGUUUCGCGACGACGGCAAAACAGCAGCAUGCGAUGGAAACGGUGCAUGCGACAGCAAGACUGGGGAGGAAGGCGAGAAGGUCGAGAGGGGGAGCGCCGCGUGUUCGUGGAGAGAGUGCACGCAAUGGCGAGGCACAGGCGCGAAGGUUGCAGGAGACACGGGUGUUCCGCUGGCGCCAGUUGCUGGUGAGGAAAGUGGAAAGGGGAAAGCUACGGCGGGUGGAAGUUUCCACAAUGCGGGAGUGCCGAGCGCCGACGGCAUCGGACCUGCCAACGUCUUUCUGCCUGAUGGGUCUCUCGAUUUAGACCUCUUCAAAGUCUUUCCUUGUCGACACCGCAACGUGCUCCACGAACGCAAGAGCUGUCCUUUCUACCACAACUACCGAGACAAGCGCAGGGCCCCCGUGACCUACCAGGCAGAGCAGUGCGAGGAACAAUUCGACCUCGACACCGCGACGAUCCAGUGCAGCAAAGGAGACAAUUGCGAGAGGUGUCACAACCGCCACGAGUUGCUGUACCACCCGAACAUUUACAAACAGCGCUUUUGCUCGAAUUUCUCGCAAACCGACAAGGGCGGUUCGACGACAUGCGCGCGCGGCGUGUUUUGUGCCUUUGCGCACUCUCGCGCCGAAAUUCGCGCCACGCUGUUCACGGAGCAAGAAGAGAAGGAACCGGAUUGCCAGUUCUUCGUCGCAAAAUUCAAGACCGUCUGGUGCCCGUACGGCUCACAACACGACUGGCACACUUGCGUCUACGCGCACACUUACCAGGACUGCCGCCGCGCUCCUGCCAUCGGUUACGGCUCCGAACCGUGCCCCUCGUGGUCGAAAGAUCUUCACUCUGCGGACUACGAUCGACGUUGUCCACACGGAGCGCGCUGCAGCUUUUCACAUGGCAGCAAGGAACAGCUGUAUCACCCCUCCUACUACAAAACGAUGCCGUGCAUGGACUACCGACCCCAGAGUGGAGACGCGAAUGGCAAAUCGGGUGAAAAAGGCCGCUCGUUUCGCCACGGCGGAUCCGGCUCUUCUGGAGGCUGCCCUCGAGGUUUCCUUUGCGCGUUUUACCACGAAGUCACCGAACGCAGACUACCCGUGCCCCCCUGCUCGACUCCGGGCUGGACAUUCUCCUACUCCAUGCCCCUGCCCCUGUCGCAACUCAAACUCCUACAGCCGCUCUUCCUGGAACCCCCAUUGUUCAAUCUCGACGACUUUGAGGCUUUUGGCCAUCACAGUCGACUGACUGCAGCUUCGCGGCGUGCGGGCGCCGGGAACGGCUCCGAGGGUCCGUUGGUGUCGGCGAGCCGCGCCAUCGCGUUUGCCUCUCCCAGCGAGCACCAGAAUUCGAGUCGGCUUCACCGGACGGGCGGAGUCUCCUUGGGGCUCGUCUCCUCUGGCGCCUUUUCGAACUUCUCCGUCAGUGGGCCUUUAUGCGCAAACCCCCCGGGAUCGUCGCCCAAGGCCCUCGCACUCGCCAAGGGCGGGACUGCGCCCCACUCAGCUGGCUCUGCGAAGCCGUCCGCCAUGGGCCGCCGUCGCUCUUCGUUCUCCUCCUACUCCACAUCCUACGGGGCCUCCUUUGCUGCGCCCGCCUUCGCACCGCCCUACUCCGCAGGUGUGCAGGGCCAGGGGCUCGAGGCGGCGGCGCUAGGGCCCCUAGAGGCGGGCCUGGGGCCCGAAGGGGUGUGUGGGGCUUUCGACGGCAGAGAGGAUUUACAUGCGUUGGCUCCUCAGUUGGAGUCGCGACGGCGCAUCGGCCCCUGUUGGUCGGCGGGCCUGGCGGAGGCUCGCGAACCGGUUCUCCAGAAGAAGGACCCGGCGCGCCGGCUCUCUCAGGGGUCUGUGCAGGACAGUUUGUGUGGCGCGGCGGUGCAUGCGGCGAGUGUGGGGUCUGGAUCGGUCGCAGCACUCCGAGAAGGGAACGACGAGAGACGAGAAGACUUGCACAGCUGGAGUGAACCGACAUCGUGCUUUCCGACCUCCUUCGAACCCGCGAGCGGCCUCCUCGCCCCGCCGAAACGCGAACAACGCCAAGAGCACCUGCUUCUGCAAGUCGCCGCUAUGCUGCUGAACGGCGCCUCUCAGGGUGAGACAGAGACCUUCGUGGCUGUCGCUCCAGAAGCGGAAGAAGACCCAGAGGGCGAGGAGCUUGGACACACUUUCUCGGUGGAGAACGCCGAGGCUCCAUUCCUUGUGGCACAGAGCGAGUUCUUGGCGGACCUCGCUCUGGGGAACCCCGCAGGCUUCUCAGAGCCGAGUGCCGCGCCCGAGGAAGACGGGAAGGCCGUCGCAGAGUAUGCACCUGCUCUCUUCACUCCCCAUGGUGGAGACGAGAGGGUAGGAGCCAAGGGAUCGCUGGCCGGGCCCAGAGACACUCUCGCGCUCGGGACCUUCCUGCCCGCCUUCCCCGGAGACCCCGUGGCAUCCGGGCUCUCCAAGGAAGCAGUUGAGGCGAGAGCUAACGACAAGGCGCUUGCGUUCUCGGGAGUCGUAUCCAGAGGGACCAGCGAGAGAAGUUUGCGAGGCUCAACCGCGAAAAAUGCGUCUCUACAUGCGCUUGCCGUGGAGCGGCGAGAGUGCCAUAAGACCUUCGAUUCAAGUGCCCUUCUUCUUCCGUUCGCCGCGGGGACAUUAUCUUCUUCUUCUCCGCCUUGUGUCUCGUCUGGUGGGUUCUCUGUGGAGACUCCAGACUCAUUGGGCGAGGCGGGGAUGCCCGGAGGAAAGGCGACGCGCGUGGCGAGGCGUCUGGAGAGAGAUGAGACAGAAGUUUGGAGCACCAGCACGGAAGGCGGCAGAGGCCCGAAGGGCGGACCGACCCCAUCGCAGGGCGAUCUGUGGUCGUCACCCUCACUGGAGACUCUCGCCUCCCGAGGAGACGGCGAAGAAAAUGCCUGUGGGGUUUUGGGGGCGAGACCCGUUGAAAAGGGCGCCUUCCCCGCGACUCACGGCCGAAGGUUCAUGCGUCUCUUUGACAACGGAAACGUUUGGGGUCCCUCAACGCGCGCUCACGUUUCAGAAGCCGACGCGCAGUUGUUCGCGCCUCUGUCCUUCUCCGCACCGCUGUCCUCUUCGCCUCCGGGCAUCUUCGCGCCCGACGGCAUGGAGUCGAAGACCCACAGGCAGGGGCGCUCCGCGCCUCACAACCUGGAGAUCUCGAUUCUUCAGUCUGCGCCAGCGCCGAAAAAAGAAAGCGUGUGGGGCGGCGAGGAAGAGGGCGACGUUUUCGGUCCACCUGCCUUCCCCGGAUCCUCGCCGUGUGAGGGCAGGCCCGCGGCGCCCAGCGCCAGCUCCUCUUCGCUUGCUGUCUUUUGUCCGGCGAGCCGGCAGAGCUCAGAAGACUCAACUCGACGCUCGUCUGGAGGCUUCCGAGGGCGUGGCGGGUCUGGUGAAGGUCCCGUCUGUCCCUUGAGCGUAUCGAAUCUGUGGGGCGCUCAGUGGCGCCCCGUGGAAGCUGAGACUGCGGGACCGUCUCAGUGGGGCCCUCUCGCCUCCUCGGCGCCGCCUGGACUCCUGAGGACGGCGGCCAGGGGCCAGAAAGGCGUGAGCGGAGACGCAAACGAGGCCUCUCCUUGCUCUUACUCUAGCGCUUCGUCCUCUCACCUUUGCGGAGGCGACGACGAGCGCAAACAACACUCGUCGUCUGCCGUUGUGACUGUAGGAGGCGCGUCGUUGGGGCGCCGUGAAUCGUCGAGCUCGAGCGACAUCCGAGGGAAGAAAGAGGAAUUGCGCGGAAUUCCGACAGCUGCCGUCACGGCCGUCGAGACUGCUGCGGCGGCUCUGUGGGGCGCAUUCGAGGAAGACGAAGACGAGCGAAGGAGAGACUCUUCUGGCUCUCCCGUCGCUCUCUCCACGCAGAAGGCCGCAGGAAACGAAAGAUUGUCGAUCGACAGAAAGCAGUCGUUUCUCGAAGAGGCUAUGAGUGCGCUGUGGAAGAUGAAGAGCCGAGAACACACGGAGCAGGGCGACGACCAGGGAGUCGACGCCGAGCCCCUGGUCGCGAAGCCCGCUCACGGAGACAAAACGGAGAAUCGGCACGGUCAAGUGAGGGGAGAGACGCGGCGCCACAUGCGGACGCCGCAUGCGCACCGCCCCGUGGUUCUCGCGGUGUGUGCACAAGACGAAGACACGCAGGUAGCCUACCUGAAGUCCCUUCUAUGUCUCCGGGCCUGGAGCAACGUGAUUUUGUACGUCUCGUUACGCCGCGAACAAACAAGAAACCCAGAGAUCUCGGACUCGGCCCUUCUUCAGACACUCGCUGCCCUCAGCAAGGAGACAGUGCGCUACCAUGUCUCUCACCUUUGCGAGGAAGAACUCUCUGCGGAGGAACUCGACGCUUUUUUGGCGACGGAGACUGAGGACAGGCGCCGACUCCUGAUCGUUUACGGAAAGCGAGACUCCUGGGAGGUCGAGAAAGACGGCAGCCGCCGAUCGCCGGUUACGGGGCGCGACACGGAACUUUCUCUGUCUUCUGAGAACUCUCGUUCCCUCUUUUCGCUCCUUCGCCUCCGGAGAAAGACAGACAAUGCGGGGAACGGCGGCGCACUCAAAUCGCUCGCAGUCAUUGGGCUUCACAGCGCCCCUGCAGAAUUCUGGCGCGUGUGUCAUGAAGCAGAAGCGAAGGUCGCUAUUCUUGGCAACCAGAAGAAUCUCGGUCGAAAAGACGAGACCGAAGAGACGUCUUGUUCUCAGCUCCUUCCCGCAGCUUCACACCCUAAACGAUCGCCAACAGGCUCUUCGCAACCUAUCGGGGCCGUAGUUUCGGCGCAGGUGAUGGAGAAAGAUGCGCAGACAUUCGAGGACAGCUCGGCUGUUUCUACGCUUGCGGACUCGCCGUCAAUCGUCAUUCAUUUGGUCGUUUCGCCGGCCCCCCUGACCCUCGUUUCGAGCGAAGGGCAAGCCGAGGGCGGAGCCCGAAAUCCUUCUGUGGGGUCCAGGAAGGUCUGCCUGCUUCCCGCCACGUCUCUACCGCUCUGGUCGUGCCUGUUUGCCUCUCCACCUUCUGUUUUGUCACUCUCUCGCGACGCAGAAACGUCUGCGGAGCCGCCGAAUCGCUCGUUCUCCUGUGCGGGUUUUUUCCCGGAGACAAAAAGCGAGAAACCGAGCUUCGAGGCCGGCGCAGAGUCCCCCACUAGUCGCAGCGUAGGCGAGGACUUGACGGCGGUGACAGCUGCAGGGAGUGUGGAUUCACCUGUCUCGGCGUCGCCUUCUGUCUGUUCGCUUCCUUCAGUCUCCGAAAUUCGUUCACUCUCGCCCGCCCUGCGUCCCCUCAACCCCGAGAGGUCUGCGCCACACAGCCACGCUCCCCACCUGUCUCUUCCUGCAGGCUCCGGUCUCUCGGCGUCCGCGGCGGCGACGGGCGUUUCCACGAUCCCGGCCGCGGGGACACCUCCGUUGUGGGGCGGGAGUUCUCUGCCCGGAAAGCGCCCCGUCCGUGGUGACGAGAGAAGCGUCUCCGCAGAAACCGCAGUGACCAUGGCGACAGCCGCCUCGUCGACUGCGCUGACGGACGAUCGCGCCGAAGACAGCAGAGACUGCGGGGAAAAGGAGACCCGGAAGUCAGGGGAGAAGGAGAUAGAAGCCAAGAAGGCAGGACGCACGAACCAGGCUACGCAUGCGCCACAGGGUGCGAAAGAAUGGAGGCAAGGGGUAGAAGGAGCAGAUGAUUAUCAGGAGCCAGAGGUGCAGAACCUAUUUGAGAGAGAACUCCUUGGGGAAUUGCUCCUGCGAGAAAUGCGCGUUGUUGGCAAAACGCUAAGAAGAGAAGGCUUGAACGGAGGACAACCCGAAAAGGUGGUUUUCUGUUGGGCGCCAUUGGAAGAACAAUCCCGCAAGAAAAAGACAGGCUGCGAGCGUCCUCGCUCCGGAGAUGUCAUAAACCCCCUAAGUCGACAACGGAAAGACGCAGCCUCGGCUUCUCUAAAAGCCGGACCGAAGCCCGAGGCGACUCGAUCUGGCGUGUCUUCUCUGGGUGUCUCCGAGAGUUCGCGGAUUCCCACUUCCUCGCUUUCCCCUGCAUGCGACUUGUGUUCAUCUCUCCGAGUACUCGCCCAGGACCUGCUUCCUACAGCGGACCGUCUACAGCGUCUGCUGUUUCUCGUCGCCGAGCGAGGCACGUCCCGCCCUCACAGGCAUCUCUUCAGCCGCUUGUCUGUGUGCGGCCAAGACUCUGUGUUCUUCCUUCCUUCGGGCGACAAGAACGGAGGGGUCAGAGUUCGGCAGCAUUCGAAUGGUUCUUCCGCCACCGUGGCCGUCCGCGUGAACAAGUCGCCUGCAGCUCCACUUGAGGCGAGGGUGAGAUCUUCCCUCUCGGGUUCGCUGUCUUUUCUGAGUCUCUCGAGAGAAACGAGGUACCUCACUUUGACUCAGCUCGUGCGAGGCUGCCCAGCGGCACACCAGUUAGAUCUCUCGCGUUGUUCUCCCUUCGGCGAUUGGAUUUCCUUAGAGAAAGAGUUCGUCGUUCGCCCCAUGCUGCUCAGAGUCUCACACGCAGUUACAACGAGACAGAAUGAAGCAGAUGAUCAGACAGAACGUCCGCAACAAGCAAAUCCAGAGAGGAAGGGAGACGCGGUUUCUGGUUUGUGGUGCGCGCUGUGUGGCGAGACGCUCGAAAGAAGCGGAAACUGCAAUACGGAUCAAGAGACAGCGAUCGCAGGAGUCCCGGAUACACGAGGCGCGGAACGCGAAGUUUGCUGCUUUGUUAGGUGCGGAUACACGCCAGAAGAGAAGACACGAGAGCUGGACUGUCCCCACCUGUUCCAUCGCUUUUGUCUCGACGCGUUUUUGGCGGGGCCUGAGUAUACGCGAACAGGUGGAAGGUGCUUCUGUCACGCCUUCGUCCACCGGCCUGCGCUCCGCUCAACCCCCACACGUGGCGAGUCCGGAGAGGGCCAGACACACGUAGGGAUCGCAGCCCAACGCCGAUGGACUUCUUUCCUUUCAGAGUCUGCGGCAUCCCCUGAGGAGAGCCAGAAGGCGGACCAUGGCACUUCUCUGCGGUUCCCGCCGGCUUCAAGAGACAAUGAAAGUACCGUCUUGCGUCGCACAGACGAGUCUUCGGAGCGCGAUCCGGAGCUGAGUGUGUCGCAUGCGGUAGGAGAGCAGAAAGAUACCUUCAAUUCGUUCUUCUCUUUCACGAGAGCCGCCUCGCCUUCCGGCGCCUCCUUCCGUCAAGCAGCAGUACUAUGCGAAGGGAGCGAAGAGGACGCUGCCACUGUAGCUUCCGCCUCUCCGCAGACGUCUUUUCUGUGUCCAAGCCGGGGCGUACGGUCGUCGGUUGGAAGAGCGCAAUACUGCACUUCACUCGCGACGCCGCCACGGCUCCCCGAGCUUCUUCGCGAGGUCCUUCUGGGGCUCGCUGAGGCGCAGGACCUGCAUAUGCGUGUGGCCUUGCACGAGGCAACCAAAGAGGCAUUUUCCGAGAAGGCCGCACCCGAAAGCAGGGAAAUCGGAGACGCGAAAGAGCAGGGUGACGCUUCGUUGCCUCGUUUCGGCGUUUCGCCCUCGGACAUCUGGGUAGCGACCCGCGUGCCUGCGUUGGAACGCUCUGAUCUGCACGCAGCGGCGGUUUCAACGUGUGUCGACAUUUUCGGUUCCUCUCUACUGCCUGCGUUUGUGUCUGUUUGUCCUGGAAGGCUGUUGAGGCAAAACCCCCGAGUUUUAUCUCUCGCCGCAGCGCGUCUCGUAUUCUUCGUCUGUUCCGGCGGAGUCGCGGGGGCGUGGAAGGUGCAGGCGGGAAGCCAGAGGGAAGGCGACGUCGAGGAGGGACUUCGUGGCAUGUACGAGAUAGUGUCAAACUUCCCCCCCCUUCUGCAGCAUUUGUUACUUCUGCUGAGUGGCGCCGGGCCUCUCUCACAGACAAAUCCCCUGCAUGCAGCGGACGCAGGUUCCGGGGACUUCGUUGCCGGGUCUCAAGAGCUUCUGGAAGGCGAGAGCGAGAGGCACGAACUUCCAGAAGAGCCAGCGGAAGACGCGCGUGAACGCAGGGCUGCCUUUCCCGAUUCUUUCCUUCUUCUGUCCGACGUCGUGCACCAUCCGUUCUUCUGGUCGAAUGCACAGAAGCUGGACUUUCUGGACAAAGUGCAGUUUGCUCUCUCCCACGCCUGUGCGUCGCCUCGGGCCGCUUCUCGCCUCUCGCCGCCGACGUCUCUGCCUUGCGACUCGCUCUUUUCAGGAGACGCGACGGAGGGGCUGAGCGCGAACGAGAAGAGGCAAAACAUCUGGAGAGCGUGUGUCGAGAAUCUCGCUGAAGGAUGGCGCGGAAAAGUCCACAAAACUCUUCUCGAAGCCGUUGACGUGGGACUUGCUGGAGAGUGGAGAGGAGCGGAGGGUAAUUUGACGGCGGUCUCGACGCUUGCGAAUGACCUCGAUGGUCUCCUGCGCUUCGUCAAGACACUGCGAAUGUCGAGUCUCUCCGUCAGCCUGAAGGUGCUCACUUCGUCUGCAGUCGCGGAUCUUGUCCACGUGUAUGUACACCCUAUGGGGGCGGCGACGGGGGAGGGCCGGGGCGCUUCGGCGUUUGCGGAGCAGAGAGCCAGGCGUAUUCUCCUACAAAACUUUGACAACGUCGUUCUCGAGCAAGUCAAUCAAGUCCACCCUCGGCUGUUCCUCCUCCUGUUCGCGUACCUCACUUCCUCGUUCGAAGCAGACGACGAAAUGGAGGGGAUUUUUGAUUUCCUGGCUGACUUCGCGCUCACCAGUAAACCCUUCCAGGACAGCUUCUGGUUCGACGCCGUCGUGUUAUCUGAAGAGAAAUGCGGAAUCAGUGAGACGAGAGCGAAUCAGAGCAGCCAAAGAUAAAUUUCGUUCCAAACUGAUUCCACGAGGGGAACAUCUCACGGUUUUGUACGGCUUCCGCAUGCGCGUGCAUCGUUGACUGUGUGGUUUCCCACCAGCGCGUGUGCGUGGCUGUUUUUGAUGUUUUGUAUGGGUUUUCUAAUUUUUUUCCGAAGUGUCGAUGGUGCUCUGAGGCCCCCAUCGAUAUACGUUCAGGGAUGUCGCAGGGUACGUAGCUCAGGUUCGUCGCGCCGUUCUUGCGUCUCUGGUUUUUUUCUUUUAAUAGAAAAAUUGCUUGUUAUGUCUCACCGUUGCUGCGGGGAUUAUUUGCGGACUCCCUGAUCUGCAGUUUUGUGUGCAUCCGUCUUUUUGGGUCCCACUAUUCCCUCCUUACAAUCGCACCGGUAUGUUGUGUGUACGAUGUGGAAUUGUUCAUAUGUUUCCCCUAUAGUGAUACAUAGAGCAUGUACCAAACUAGGUAUUACAUCACUGUGCUGUGGGAAAGACGCAAGGAGGGCUACCAGGGAAAAAAGUGCAGAAUGUUUGUUUUGUAGAAAGGUUGCGAAAUCCCAGGGAGAACCUGGAAAGUAGUGUUUUUUGUCCGGAGCAAAUAUGAGGGAAGACGGAGGUGAAUCCCGUCUGCUAACAGUGUGUCUGUGCAGAACACGUGAAACGGAGAAACCUUGAGAUUCGCCUGUUCAAACUCUCUCAAAGUGAAAUGUACAGAAUAAGUGCUUGUUGGGC